GAGGCAUUCUCCUCGCUAUUCUGUCACCGAGCCCAGUAUGGCGGGUGUGUGAGGGUCUAUCUUUAUUAAACCUUAGGGGUGGUCAAACUAGAGCUAUCCAUCAGAUCUAGAUCUACUAGAAGAGCUACCUGCUCAGUUGAAAUAAAUCCCUCACUUGAUAAAUACUAAAGACCCAAUAUCUGAGGAACUCUGCAUACAUAACACUUGUAUGGUACUCUACAUACAAACAUUUUUACAUUUCAGUUCCAUUUAAUAAAUCGUUAGUUACUGUAAAAACUGAAGAUGUCAAGGAAAAUGCCCAGGAAAGUAAAUAUCUCAAGCUCAUUGGAAUCUGAGGACAUAAGCCUAGAGACCACAGUGCCCACAGAUGAUGUCUCUUCCUCAGAAGAAAAAAAUGGUUCCACCAAAAUUACCAGACAGCUUAUCGAAAGGAAAGAAAUGCUUCACAACCUUCAACUUCUGAAGAUAGAAUUGUCUCAAAAAAACCUGAUGAUUGAAAACUUGAAGGGGGAAUAUCUGACCAAAAUAGAAGAACAAGAAGAGAAGCUGAAUGAUGCACUCCAUCAAAAACAACUACUAGCAUUAAGAUUAGACACGCAAUCCAAGUUACAGCAGGAAGAAACCAGGAAACAUCAAGAACUUGUGAAGAGAGAAAUGGAAACUGUUUUAUUGAGGCUCAAGCAGUCAGAAGAGACCAAUCGUCAACUAAGGGAACGUGCUGGGGAUAUCCGUCACAGCCUGCGUGACCUGAAUUUAACUAGGGAAAUGUAUGAACAACUGUCUUCUAUUCCUGAGGACCAGAUGUCAAUUCCAGAAUAUGUUUCGUUUCGCUUCUAUGAAGUAGUUCAGCCAUUGAGGGAGAAAUCAAAUGACCUCCAAAUAAAAAAUGAAAAGCAGUGUGAAGAGCUGAAUGAAUACAAACAGCAGCUAAGGAAUUUGAUGGAGAGUUAUGAAGAAGAACGGAGAUGCCGUUCAGAAUUGGAGAUAAGGUAUCAGCGAUUGGCACUUCAGUUAGCUGACACAAAGCAAUUAAUUCAUCAAGGAGAUUACAAGUUGGAAAAUUAUGACAAAGUUAAAAGUGAACGAGAUUCCCUUGAACAUGAACUCAAUGAGUUGCGGAAAAACUUUGAGAUUCUUGACGUUUCACACAAAGCAAAAACAAAAGAUUACAAUGAUUUAGUUCAUGAGACUGCAACACUACAACAAUCGGUUUCUCUGCUGCAAAAGGAUAAGGAUUUUCUGAACCGCCAAAACAUGGAGUUAAAUGUACGUUGUGCUCAUGAAGAGGACCGUUUGGAAAGACUUCAGACACAGUUAGAAGAUGCCAAAAAGGCAAGAGAAGAAAUGUAUGAAAAAUAUGUUGCUUCUAGGGAUCAUUAUAAAACGGAGUAUGAAAAUAAGCUGCGCAAUGAACUAGAGCAAAUCAAACUGAAGACAAACCAAGAAAUUGAACAGCUUAGAGGAGCAUCGAAGGAGAUGUAUGAGCGUGAAAACAGGAACCUAAGGGAAGCAAAGGACAAUGCUGUUGCUGAAAAAGAACGUGCUGUCUUAGCGGAGAGAGAAGCGGUGGUAAAAUAUGACAGCUUAUUAGAACAGUACCGACAUUUACAGAUGAACACUGAGAGCAAGGCCUCAGAGCUGCUUCAUCAAACAAAACUUAAAUCCUUUGAAGCCGAACGUGCUGAUUUGUUGCUCAAGGAAACUACAGCGAACCUACAGAAGUGUCAGUUAGAAUGUGAGAAGUAUCAGAAAAAGUUAGAGGUUUUAACAAAAGAUUAUUAUAGUCUUCAAGCAUCUACAGAGAAGCAAAUUGGUGAACUUCAAGCUCAAAAUUUUGAACAUCGUGCAAGACUCGAGACCUAUGAAAAGCUGGAACAGGAGCUAGAUGCAGUUAUAAUGCAAUCCGCUGAAAUGGAAAAUGAGGUUGAAGCAGAAAGAGUUUUGUUUUCAUAUGGAUAUGGAGCAAAUGUUCCCACCACAGCUAAACGUAGAUUAAAGCAAAGUGUUCACCUUGCUAGAAGACUCCUACAGCUUGAAAGACAAAACUCUUUACUUGUAAAAGAUUUAGAGAACCAGAAAACACAUUCAGCAAAAGUGGCACUGGAGCUGGAUAGAGCAAAUUCCUUAUUGAGUCAAGUUCAUCAGCCGUACCAGUAUCUCAUAGAGUCUAUACGCCAGAAAGAUGCUCAAAUUGAUCAUCUCAAAGACCACAUGUCCAGGCUGGAACAGGAUGUUAGUAAUUUAAAUAAAGAAAAGUCUUCAUUGAUUCGUGUAAAAAAUCAAAUGGCUGCAGAUCUUGAAAAGCUUCUAAACCACAGAGAGGAGCUGGCUGAAAUUAAGCAGUUUUUACUUGGGAUGCAUAAUAAGAGGCAUGGCGAAGGGUUACCUCAUUCUAGAGAGUCUGUGAGGAAUGUGACAACAAAACCGAAAUCCAGAUCUCCUCAACGUGUCAUACAGCAGCACCAGGAAGAGAAUAUAUUUAUACCUAAACCAACUUUAUUUACAAAAAGUGAAGCACCAGAAUGGUACAACAGGUUGAAGCAGAAGACAACAUGAAGCCCUAUUUCCAUACGUCCUGCACUACAAUAAAAUACCCUGGGAAAGUUUUUUCUUAAAUUAAGUGAACAAUUUUUUUUAAACCUUUUGAUUGUGCAUAAUGAUAUAGGAUGUGUUCAUACUGCUGCAAUAAUUUAGU